AUGAUUUCGGGUCGUUGUGCAGCUUGUAAAUAUUUGAGAAGAAGAUGUCCUAAGGAUUGUAUUUUUGCCCCUUUCUUUCCUUUCAAUUAUCCUCAAAGAUUCACCAUUGUUCAUCGAAUUUAUAGUGCAAGUAAUAUUGCUAAAUUCCUCUAUAACCUUCCUCCACAUCUAAGAGCUGAAGCAGCAGAAACAUUAAUUUUUGAGGCAAAAUGCAGAAUUGGAUGUGUUGGAAUUAUUUAUCAAUUACAACACCAGUUACACGUGGCAGAAACCCAGUUGGCCAAAACUCGGGCUGAGAUUGCCUGUCUGGCUUCCAAUCUUCAGGAACCUCAACUUCAAGAUUUUGCAUUUGAGCCCAUUGAAGGCCCAAAUAGUAUUGGAUUCUCUCAUAUUGGGCUUUUCACUCCGGCCCAUUUUGUUAAUUCCAGUUUUUCUAAUUCAUAA